UUUACUCUCGUCUACAUGACAACCAUCAUGGCGACCCUUACUGUUGACCCUGCAUUGGCAAGCAAGAAAAUGGAUCUGAAGAAAGAACUUCAAAAGCUUCGGGCACAAUUCCUGACAAUACAACGUGAACGUGAUGUAAUCCUCUAUGGGAAACGCGUUAGCAACAGGAAAGAUUUCCUGCCACUGCAAGAGGUUGACAAGAAGUCUAACGAGGAGAUAAAAACAGAAAAACAUGUGCUGAAGCAGAACCAUGCCAAAAUGCAGUCCAUGGUGUCUCAGUUCAGGAAAGAGCUGAAAAUGAUAAGCCCCAGCCCUGAAUAUGUUGAGAAAUUGAAGAAUGUUAUGGAAGAAACGGAGCAGUCUCUUAGUGAGUUUAAAGAAAAUCAACGGAAAAGUUGCGAGGAAUUAAUGAAAGAAGAAAAAUUGACUUCACUUGAAAUUCAAGCUCUUGAGAAAAAAUUUGAAAGUUGGUCCAAGUCUGGUGAAGUACAGAUUAAUGGGGAAUUUGGCUCAAAGAAUCACAGUAAAACUUCUGGACCAGCAAGAGACAUUAUGGUUGAUCUACCACCAGAAGUUGCCAGCUUUGAUAAAUAUGUUCUCCAAAACGGUGGCCACCAAGGUGGAUGGGACGACUAUGAUCAUGAGACUUUCCUUCGUUACCGGCUCAAAUACAAGAAGAAGAAGACUUUCCUUGAGCAAGUGUUACCAGCUCUCCCCGGCAGAUGUACAGAAGAUGUGGAACAGCACACGGUUUGGUACGAACAAUAUUUGCAGCUGAAUCAAGAGAAGAAAGAUGCUAUAAGUCGGUGGAAAGAGCUGAAGCUGAAAGAGAGACAAUCUUCAAAGGAAAUAUUUCCGGAUGAAGAAGAUAAAUCAAAGAAGUUGGCUUUGCAAAAAAAAUUAGAAGAAGAACGUCAGCAAAAAUUGAUUCAACUUCAACAAUGGAAGUCACAGCAAGCCGCUGAGAAAGCAAAAGAAGAAAACUCAAAAAUGAAGGAGAAACUUGCUGAAGAAAGGAAAAAAGAGAAAGAGAGAAAGAAAAAAUUAGAACUGCGGAAAUAUGUUCAAGAAUACAGAGAAGCUAAAAGCAAGGAACUAAUGGAAGUGAAAAGACAGGAAGAACGGCAAGAAAUGAUCGAAGCUGAGGCCCGGCGCAGAUUUGCUUCUUUGGAAGUGAUUCGAUUCAGAGAAAUGGAUCGGCUGAAAACUGCUAAGAAAAUUGAGAAAGCCAAGCAAAAAGAAGAAAUGGCUGAAAGGAAAGAGAAACGUUUAGAAUCUCUGAGAAAACAGGUGGAGGUAGAAGUCCAGCGUGAUCCAAGUCGACUCCUUCAGCCAACAGCAGGAUGGAAAGAAAGAUUAAAAGAUAACACCUCUAGCAAUGUUACAGUUCCUUUACAGCAAAUACCUCACAGAGCUAUACCUUCCUGGCGUGCUGGUCUUUACUGAUCAACGAAUCAACCAAAUGCAUAAAGAUCUGAAUAUUAUUUGUAAAGAGGAAGAUGCUUCUUAUUUAUUGGUGUCUCUGUUCAGGGCUACAUCACCUAAAGAAGUCCUUAACCAAGCAGUAUUCCAAACACAAUUUCAAGUGUCAUCGUUAACUCCAGAGUGAUACUUGCUACAUGAGGAUUAGUAAGAUGGUGGAGAUUGGAAAAAUGUGGAAUUAAGGAAACUAAGUGCAGAUAAAGGCCUGCGAAUGGACUGGAAGUUAUGGAUGUAAUUUAAGUAACCAUCAGAAAAGAUCUUCCUAUUUUUCUCUUGUUACCUCUGUUUUGUCACCUCAUCCUAACCAUUUGACCCCAACACAUCCUUCUCAAAACAGUCUUUGAGAAUUACAUCGUCCACCACCAUCAUCCUCACCACUACCACCAUCGUCGUCAUCAUCAUUCAGUGUCAGUUUUCCUUGCCGGUGUGGGUCAGAUGUUUUGAUAGGAUUUGGUGAGCCUCGGGGCCAAAUCAAGAUGCAGUAUCAGCUUUGGCCUCUUUUCUAUGGCUCGACGUCCUUCUAAUUGCCACUCACUUCAGACUGAGCACUGGGUGCUUUUUUUUCACAUGCUGUCAGCACUAGCGAUGUUGCCAGGUAACACACAAGAUAAGAAACAAACAAGAAAAAAGGGGAAAAGAAAGGAAAGGAAAAGGCUCCUUUAACUAAAGUAGGUGGGGCUGUAUUUGCAAGGAGGCAGAGGUUAUGCCAGGUGUUGAGAAGCUGAAGUAUGAUUGAUAGAUAAGCAAAGGUGUCUCGUUAUUUUUAAUGUGAACCUUAACCACCAGCCUAAUCUACAAACCACAAACUAAUCAUUUCUAUCUGGUGUUUGCACUUUGUGGGAACCAAAUGGCUACAUAUUCAGUGGUUAUUUCCUUUGAAGAGGAAGAUUGUGAGUUAGUCGUGUAAUUGUGUAUUGAUUAUAUAGAUCUUUCUGUUUUGAUAUCAAUCUGUCUGAGACUGCCUUUGGUUUUUUUUUUUUCUGGUUGAAAAUCUUCCUGGGCUUUAAAUUAACCCUUAAGCUUCUAAACUGGCUAUACCCGGCUCAAAUAUUUAACCUAUUUUAUGUAAGUGCCCAGUGUGGUCUCUCACACUUACCCUAUGAUAUCAUUCUAAAAAUAAGCAAUCACAUCAUUGAAAUCUUGAAGCUAUGAGAUAAUGCAGAAUUAAUUCAAAACAAUAUGAAUAAAUAAGUAUUAGAUUUGACAGAAUAACCUGAAUGCUAAAGGGUUAAAAUCUUCCAUCAAAAUCCAGGGUGGCCCACAAGAUGCAAAGGGGUCUGAAAUUUUAAUAAAUUUGUCUUAAUUACAUUUUUUUUAUUUAUAAUUUACAAGAUGUGAUUUUUCAUACCUAAUGUACAUAUCAUCAUCAUCAUCAUCAUCAUUUAACGUCCGCUUUCCC